AUGGGGUGCGGAAGUUCUGCCAAUAAUGAAACCGUAGAUACAGAUAGUCGAAGAGAUAUAGAUGAUUUAAUGGGUAAGAAAAUACCAAAAGUAAUAAUUCAUUAAUUGAUAUUAUAGUUUCUAAUACAACCUUAAUACUCAGCUUAAGGCAAUUAAUAAUCGGAAAUGUCUGAUGGUGAGGAAUAAAAAAAUGAUGUUCAAGGAGACUAUCAUAGACAAGGAAAAAAAGCUUAGAAAAAGUUUAAAGGUGGAGAUGAAUAAAAUGUGCAAAUAGUGGAGAAUAUCAUUAAGUUAGACAAAACAAUAUAAAGUAAGAUCCUUAACUAAUGAAAUAGAAAGCGACAGAUAAAUGAUAGAGAAAAGUUUUAAGAGUCAUUUUGUAUUUUUUAAUCUAACUCAAUAAGCAAUAGAUUUUCUAAUUAAAAACUUAGUGUUUUGUACUUAGAAAAGAGAUUAGUUCAUAUUUUAAUAAGGAGAUUAAGUAUAUAAGAAAGGUUAUUUUAGGCUACUUCCUAUUUUAUUGUACAAAAAGGAUAGGCUGAAGUUAUAAUCAAUUAAAAAUAAGUUAAAGUGAUAUCAGAAGGAGAUUAUUUUGGUGAGAUUGCCUUAUUGUACAAUGCAACAAGAAGUGCAUCAAUAAAAACAAUCAGUAUAUAAAUAUAUAUAGUGUUUAGCUGAUUGUAAUUUUUGGAUGUUGGAUAGAGGAACAUUUAGAAAGGCAGUAGAAGAUAUGAUGAUAAAGGAGUAUGAUGAGAAUAGAAAGUUUAUAAAUGAAGUAACAUUCUUUUCUUUUAUGACACCUGAAUAAAGAGAUUCAAUUGCUCAUGCAUUAAUUACAACAAAAUUUGAACCUGGAGAAACUAUUGUAAAUGAAGGAGAUUAAGCAGAUUCAUAUUAUGUAAUAAAGGCAGGUACAGUUGGUGUUUUUAAAGGGAAGAAGUAAAUAAAUACAAUGGGGCCUAAAGAUAGUUUUGGUGAAUAAGCUUUAUAUGAGAAAAGCACAAGAGGAGCAUCAGUAAGAGCAGAGAGUGAAGUAAAGUGUUUGGCAUUAGGAAGAGAUAAUUUAACAAAGAUUUUGGGAGAUAAAGUUUAGCUUAUUAUAUUUAAUAAUAUAAUGAGAUGGAGUCUAGAAAAAAGUAGUAAUUUAAAUUAAUUAACAAAAUUAUAAUAAGAAAAGAUUACAUUAAAAGCCAAGAUUCAAAAUUAUAAAAAAGGGUAAGUGAUAUUUUAGAAGGAUUCUAAAUGUGAAUAAUUAGUAAUAGUACUUGAAGGAACACUAUAGAGUGAUGAUAAUAAAAUAGGAAAAGGAAAUUGUUUUGGAGAUGAAUAUCUAUCACAAAAUAAGAAAAAUGAAUUGUUAUAAAGUGAUUAUUUAAUGGUUACAGAUGGUGUAUUAGCAAGUAUUUCAUUUACUCAAAUGUUUAAAAUACUUGGAGGAGAUUUUGAAACUGCUAUAAGGAAGAAAUUUGAAUCUCAUGAAGUAAAAAUAAAAAACAUAGCAAACAGAGCAGAUGCUUCUCAUAUCCGUGUAGAAGAUCUAGUUUUUAUUAAAAAAUUAGGAUCUGGUUAAUUUGGAUGGGUUUAUCUAGUUAAACAUAAAGAUAUUGAUUCUUGUUAUGCUUUGAAGAGUGUAUCUAAAGCUUCAAUUGUUGAAUAAAGUUUAGAGAGACAUGUAUUAUAAGAGAAAAUGGUAUUAGAAUUAUGUAAUUUUCCAUUUGUAAUGUAAUUUGUAAGAACAUUCAAAGAUGAAAUAUCUGUUUAUUUUUUAGUUUAAUAUAUUAGAGGAAUGGAAUUAUUUGAUGUAAUCAGAGAUAUAGGUUUAUUAAACAAAGAAUAAACAUAAUAUUAUAUUGGAACCAUGAUUUUAUGUUUAGAAUAUCUUCAUUCAAAUGGAAUAGUGUAUAGAGAUUUAAAACCAGAAAAUAUAAUGGUUAAUUCUGAAGGGAUAAUGAUGUUAAUUGAUUUAGGAACUGCAAAAUAAAUAAGUAAAGCUAAGGGUCAAAGAACAUACACUAUAAUUGGUACUCCCCAUUACAUGGCUCCUGAAAUUAUUCUUGGUAAAGGAUACUCUUAUCAUGUUGAUUUAUGGAGUGUAGGUAUAUGUUGUUAUGAAUUUCUAUGUGGAGGAGUACCUUAUGCUGAAGAUGUUGAAGUAAUUUUAAUAUUAUAGAGUAGGAUCCUUAUGAUAUAUACGAGGAAAUAAUGAAUAAUCAAUUAAAAUUCCCUCACUUCUUCAGAGAUCGAUCAGCUAAAAGGUAUAUUGAACAAUUACUCUCUAAAUAACCUGAAGCUAGAUUAGGUACCUCAUAUGCUGGUCUAAAAGCUCAUGCUUGGUUUGAUGAUUUUGAUUGGGAUAAAUUAUUCAGUCAUUAAUUAUAACCACCUGUAUUUUAUAUAUGUAUAUUAACUUUAGUUUAUUCCUCCUAAGGAAAGAUUAAUUGGAGAUUUUGAAAUUGACAAGAAAUUUUAAUAAGGAAAAUUAGUAGUCUCAGAAAUUAAGGCUGAAUAAUAACAAUAAAAAAUUAAAUAUAGAAAAGAAUUAGCAAAGGAUCCAAAUUGGGAUAAAUCAUUUUGAUGUAGAC